CAGAGCUGCAACAGUAUGGAGAGCAAGCCACGACUUUAUACAACUUCAUCUCAAAGCUUUUAUCUUUUCAUACGUCUCAGUUUAUACUUCUGGGUACCCUCUGAGGAUUUUGUGCUGUUUGGUUAACUCUUGACAGCUCACAGACCUUCGCAGUCCCAACAUGGAGCAGUCAAACUUGUCGAACACCACAAACAACUGCUCCAUCACUGAGUUCAAGUAUACCAUCUAUCCAGCUACAUACUUGUUCAUCUUUUCCCUUGGGCUGAUCGGCAACCUCAUAUCUCUAUUCUUCUUCGUCAGAACAUGGAGAACAACGGUAGCUUCCUCUCCAGUCAACAUCCUUAUGGUCAAUCUCCUCAUGUCCGACCUGAUGACGGUGUGCUCGCUGCCGCUCCGAGCCUCCUACUAUCUCAUGGAGUCCCACUGGGCCUUCGGAGACGUCACCUGCCGAAUCAUGUCCUACAUAUUUUACAUCAACAUGUACGGCAGCAUUUACUUUCUCAUGGUCUUAAGCGUGGUGCGCUUCGUGGCUAUCGUUAAGCCGUUCCAAUACAUUCGCUGGCAAAGCUCUCGGAGAGCGUGGAUCAUAUGCAUUGUUGUCUGGCUAACCGUUUCUGUGACCUCCAUCCCGCUUCUGAGAGCAGGAACUUCUGAGGGUGAACACGGCCGAACAAAAUGUUUGGAAUUGGACACGUCCCUUCUAGGGACUAUCAUUAUAUUGAAUCGUGGUGUCUUGGUUUUAGGCUUCGUAAUGCCCUUUGCGGUCAUCUCGGUGUGUUAUGUUUUUGCAGCCUUUUAUUUGCUAAAGCUGAAGAAUAAGAGAUCUCAGAGAUCUCAGUUUAAUCACAAGAAGUCUUGCUCUCUUGUCAUCAUCGUGCUUCUUAUAUUUCUCACGUGCUUCAUGCCAUAUCACGUAGUGCGAACCAUCUUCUUGGAAGCUGAGAUGGAGGUUAUAAAGAACGGCUAUGGGGAAUCAUGUUAUUACAUUCAACGGCUGAGAGAGGCGGCGGUCGUCACACAUUGUCUGGCUUCGGGAAACAGUUGCCUGGAUCCACUGCUUUUCUUUUUCGUGGGGGAAAAUUUUAUAAGCUUUUGGCGGGAGAAUACAUCGAGAAGGCAAAGUUGUAUUAUAGAGCACAAUGUGAAAGAGCCAGACAGCAAGAGAGUUAAGAUUGGCGUGUUGUGCUUAGGACCUGUCGGGACUUGAGGAAAAACGUAAAUUCCACGAAUACCUUAAGAGGGAGACGAUAUCCUCCUAAAGGGGACAGACACAUCACACAUUGCUGUACGUUUUCAUUAGAGGCAUGUCAUUUAUGCACUUCUAGUGGCACAAAACAAAAAAAGUUUGUCACGUCAACGAAAAAUAUAACUUUUGCUCUAUCAGUUCCAUGGGGCGAGCCUAUCUGUUUGUCCAACCAAUAGCAUAUGGAGGGAGUGUUGAAAAUUGCUUCACUUAAAUGCAUCAAUUGUUUCUCAGAGGAAAAUGAGGUUAUGUGUAAAGUACAUUAAGACGAAUCUGAUGAAACAAAUCUUGUAAUCUUGCAUGAGUCUCAACAAUGUCCACACUUUACUUUGUGUUUCAACCUCCCAAUGUCCAUGAUUUCAGAAUGAAUUUAAACAAAUUCAUUCUAUACUGUUACUCUGUUACUUAACAAUUAUUUCAUUUUUACAGUUUUUAUUCCUCUGAAAGUGAUAGAUGUUCUGUAUGUGUAUAUCAGCAUAUUAAACUUUGUUGUAAUUGU